AUGCCGGAUAAUGCGCCCUCCGUGACCACCCAGUCGACCUCGCGGUCCAUCUUCCCGCAGGGCCCCAGCUUCACGCUCGACGACUUCUCCAGCCGCGACUUCAUCGUCAAGGAGUUUAUCGAGUCGCUGUCCGAGAGCGCCAUCUCCAACCGGCGGUCUGCAGCGGGGGCCGCCCCGGGCAACCAGCCCUUCGAUCCGAAACCGUUGAUCCGCACCUUCGAGCACGCACAGCGGCGACUGAACGAGCUGUCGGGGGAUCUGGAGAUCCACGAGAACGAGCUGUCGGCGGCCGUGCGGCGAGCGGAGGCGCAGCACACGCAAAACCUCAAUACGCUGGGCAAGAAGCUGAAGGAGACCAUCGAGUCCUUCCAGCAGCUGGACACGUCACUGAAUGGAACGGGCGACCUGGGCAGCGGAACGGGGAAUGUGGCGGUUGAAACGGGCCGCCGGCUGGAGGAGCUCGACCGGCAACGGCGGCGGGCCUUGGAUGCCCAUUUUCUGAUUGAGCUUUGGGACGGGAUCAGCAACCGCGGGGAUCUCACCCUGCUGGAGAACCUGCGCCGGUCGGGCACGGGGGAAGCCAAAGUACGGUCGGCACAGAUUGCGCGGCAGCUACUGCGAAUUAGCCAGCGACUGGACCCAAAGAGUUGGAACGAGAAGGGCACCGGUGCCAACGGGACUUCUGGGCAAUACGAAGGAACUCCGGCGGCGGGGGACGAGCAGAGCAAUGGAGGUCAUCAACCUCACAAUGGGGGGGGGAUCCGGCGGAACACCAGGGAGAUCAUCGAGAAGUUCUCCGAGACGCUGGAGAAGGACUUGCUCAAGCAGUUUGACGACUUCUACCGGAAGGCGAACUUCGAGGGCAUGAAGGAUUGCGCGACGGUGCUACAGGAUUUCAGCGGAGGCGCCAGUGUGAUUGCCCUGUUCGUCAACCAGCACCAGUUCUUCAUCGACCGCAGCCAGCUGGUCACCGAGGAGGUGGCCGGUGACCCGGAGACGUGGGAGAAACUGGCCGACCCUGACGCCGACCCCCCGGGCGUCGAACCCAGUCUGCAGUCGCUGGUCGACGAGGUCAAAGUUGUGGUGCAGGAGGAGUCGGCCAUCAUCAAACGGGCGUUCCCCUACUACGAACAGGUGCUGGGCAAAUUCCUACAACGGGUGUUCCAGCAGUCCAUCCAACAACGGCUGGAGAUGGUCUUGGAGAGAGCGAAUGGGGUGUCGUCGCUGGCCUUCCUGCGGUCCCUACAGAGCUCGCGGAGCUACAUCAGCGCCCUGGUCGAUGAUCUCAAGUCACAUGGGUUGACCGAGCACCCGGAUCCCAUCUCCUCCCAAACCGCGCUUGUGCUGGACCAGCAGCUGGAGGACUUGUUUGUGCCCUACUUUGUCGGAUCAUCCUACAUUGAGCGCGAGAAGAAGAACCUGGAGGAAUUGUACACCUCUCUCCUGUUCAAGUUUACGACGUUCCACGCCCGUCGAAAGAAGACGGCAACCACGUUCAUGGCGUCGCUGGCCAAGUCCGGGAGCGAGCUUAUCUCCUCCGCGCGGGACGCCUACAUCAACCGGCUGGAGACGUCCGAGUUCUCGGCGACGCAGAAGCGGAUGCUGCUGCAGGUUGCCGGACUGAGGGACUCGACCGAGUCGCUGAAGCACACGGAAAUCAAGCUGACGGAAGAGGACGGGCUGCUCAGCCUGGCGUACGCGAAACGGAUGCUCAAAUGGCUCGCCGAGGGGGUUGGUCGGGGCCUCGAGCUGAGCGUGACGAGCGAAACCCCCAAGGAUGUGGCGGCCCUCUUGAACCUGCUGCUCGCGACCAUGGGCGACUCGUACAUUGAAGUGUCGCUCGACGCGGCGCUGGAGGCAGCCACGGCGCAGGAGACGGGGAAAAACGAGCCGGAUUUCCUGUACCUGCCCAACAUCCGGACGGCAAUCAGCAUCACGCACCUGAUGGUGAUGUGUAUCAACACGGUACUCAUUCCGCUGGCGGCCGGCAGCAUCACGCAGCGGCGGGAGAUGGAGAAGAAGACGGCGAUGAUGGCGGCGCGGGUGGAGGAGAAGGUCAACGUCAUCGAGCAGAAGACCAUCGACGCCACGCUCACCUGGGUCAGCAAGCUGCUGUCCGGGCAGAAGAAGAAUGAUUUCCGGCCGCGAGAGGGAGACACCACCGCCUGGUUGGAGAAACUGCAGACGCCGACCUGCGCUGCGAUCUGCACAUUCUUGACACGCCUGCACAACCUAACGCUGACCUCGCUGACGGCGAGCGGGACGAACGUGCGACAAUUGCUGACGGAGAUCGCGCUGGGAAUCCGCAGCCUGCUGCUGGAGCACUUCAAGCGGUUUGCGGUCAACGGGUCCGGCGGGCUGAUGGUGACCAAGGACAUGACGCAGUACGCGGAGCAGCUGCGGGCAUGGGACAUUGAAGAAUCGGUCAAAGGAGCCGGCGGUGCGCUCGACGUCCUCCCGGAGGUAGGCAACCUGUUUGUCAUUGGAACCGAGGCGUUGAAAGAACGCAUCCGCGGCGCGGCGAGUGCUGCUGGGGGGUCAGACUCGGGCCUCAAUGCGGCGGAGCUGCGGGCGUACGUGUCUCGUCGGGAGGACUCGAACACGGCCGCCAUGCAGAGCGUGCUGAGCGUGCUAUAA